GGCAGACUUUCGAAAGUCGGGGGAUCUUGUCUGUCUGCCAGAUAGAAUUUUGGUGUGAGGAAUGGGACAAGCUCUCGCGCUUUCUGCGUAUCAGCCAUUUGGUUAUCGUCCGAUGCGGACAUCGGUGGUGGAGAGCUUCGUUGCUCGAAAGUGCAAGAAAUACACCCAGGAUUAUCAACGAAGCCACCUUGCAGUUCAAAGAGAUGUGAAAGUACUGGCUCCUGCAACUCUCGUAGGAGGAUUAGGCUUAUAAGCGUC